GCAUUUAAUAAUAUCCUAAACCAAAUUUAGAUGUGCCAAAUAAUACAAGUACAUAAAUUAAAAUCAUAGACUAGUGAUCCUCAUAAUUUAAGUCAUGGAUUUGAAAUCUUCCAUUGAUAACACAUGGAAAUUAUUGUCAGUUGUAGGCAUAGUUGGGUGUCUCCUCCUUGUAAUUUUCAUAGAUACAAGCCAUCAUAAUUAUAUAAGUCUUUCAAUAGCCAGAUAUGCAACGGUGCCUGUAAAAACGUCAAACUUUACAAUAUACUCUUUGGGAAAACCAAGUGAAAGAAUCAAGAAGAAGUGCAAUAUAUUUGAUGGAAGUUGGGUUUAUAAACCAGAAGAUAAAAAUGGUAGCUACGAUGUCCUCAGUUGCCCGUUCGUGGAAGAGAAGAUGAGUUGCCAUAAAAAUGGAAGGCCAGAUUUCGAGUUCUUGAAGUGGAGGUGGGAAGCCAAAGACUGUGAAAUACCAAUGUUUAAUGGGAAGGACAUGAUGGAGAGGCUUAGAAACAAAAGGGUAAUCUUAGUUGGAGAUUCACUAAACAGAAAUAUGUGGGAAUCUCUUGCUUGCCUUUUACAUUCCUCCAUUCCUUCCUCCGGUGUCCAACUCCGAGACAAUAGCACAGUAUCUAAGCUUUUUUGGAAAGCAAAGGAUUAUAACUUCACACUUGAGUUUUACUGGAGCCCAUUUCUUGUCGAGUUCGACUUAAACCAUGAAAGUGGGAAAAAGGUUCUUGUGCUCGAUAAGCUUUCGACCAAUGCCGAGAUGUGGACAGGGGCUGAUGUUAUGGUUUUCAACUCAGGCUUCUGGUGGGUGCAACCAGGAACAUCCAAAAGAUGGGAUUUCAUCGAAUACAAGGGGAAAUUAAUUGAAGAAAUGCCGAUUGAGCAAGCAUAUGAAAUUGGCAUGAAAACAUGGGCAACAUGGAUCGAGGAAAACGUGGAUCCAAAGAAAUCAAAUGUUUUCUUUCGAAGCAUAUCAGCUGAGCACAAAACUAAAACUCCUAAAACAUGGUGCUACAAUAAAACGCAACUAGCCCUUGACCAAUCCAAAGCGUCGGUCUACCCGAACUCUCUCGUAGACAUUAUUGAGAGAUUGAUCAAAAGUUUUACCAAAUCUCAAGUGAAAUACUUAAACAUUACAAAGCUAUCUCGAUAUCGAAUCGACGCACAUCCUGGAAUCUAUAGGUACAAGGAUUGGAAGGAUCUCACUCGAAAAACUAAGGAUAUAGUCUCUCUUCGUCCUGAUUGUAGUCAUUGGUGUCUUCCUGGACUUCCAGAUACUUGGAAUAGGUUAUUAUAUGCUUCACUUUUUUUUCAUCUUUGACGAUUUACAUAUUACAAAUAUGUGAUUCAAUUUUUAGUAAUUAACAAAGGCGUUAUUUUACUUUUUACGACCUAAAUAAACCUUUUUUUUUUUUUUUCACCACUUAAAAAAAUUAGAAAUUUGAUUCCGCCACCACAUAACGCAUUUUGUCCAAACUUCCGUUGGUGGGUUGGCAUCUUCGUUUACCCUUCUUAUACUACACAAUCUUCCUUCAAAAUGGGGAUCGAGUGUCGACUACAACUAAAGGACAAACUAGCUACCACUAAUAAGUCUCGUUGUUAAAGAGUUGGAGGUGGUAUCCAAAAAAUCAAAUCUCGUCUACAAUAAUACCAAUUGUGGCUCUCUAUACAUACUAAAAAAAAAAACUUAUUUUGAGGCAUGCGUAGCUUCAUAGGAAAAAUACAAAUAUUCCAUUCGUUACAUAAAU